GAAGAAAAUAUAUGGAUGCUUUGCAACAGAUUGGUAGAUCGAGGUUUCCGUAAUGACUGUAUUAAAGUAGUUUUCAUAUCAAAUGCGAAGAAACAGGUGCCACUUUGGAACCAAAAGGAUAAAGAAGGGAAAGAGUUUGUUGUUUGGGACUACCACGUCGUCCUGCAGCUUGCAGCUGGUGGAAAAAAGUUUAUUUACGACUUGAACACGACCCUGCCAAUACCCUGCUGCGCUACGUUCUACUGGACAGAAACGCUAAAUCCUUCCAUAAAGUUGCCGGAUGAUUAUCGAAGGUUACUCUGA